AUGGCACCGAUAGGGAAAAACGUGCUCACACUAACAAACAUCGAACAGUCGGAGAAUUUUACCUGUGUCGCCGUCCCAAUCUCGUACUGGAGGCUUCUCCACAGGGUACGUUUGCAGUGUUGUGGUGACUGCCAUGAAAUUUGUGACUUUAGGUAUGCCGAUUCGAACGCGUUGAAGAAGUGGAAAGUGGAUCCGCUAUUGACCAGCACUACCAUCGACCAUUUGGAACCGUUCCAGAUGUACGAAUUCGUUAUUGCGACUGUUGGAGAUUUUGGUGAAGGGCCAGCGUCGAUUUCCUAG